GUGGGAUUUUAACACAGGUAAAUUGAUCGGGUGUGUGUAAACUGUACGUCACGAUUUUAUAUCGGAGAAAUUGAAUCCUGUUCCUAGAACGAUAUCGGAAAACAGCAGUGAGAUGGGAGAGGAGGACGAAACUAAAAAAUAUGGUGAAGCUAGAAAACAUGACCCGAAAUUUAAAGGACCACUCAAAAAUAGAUCAUGCACGGAUAUUAUCUGUUGUCUUUUAUUCCUCGUCUGUAUCCUGGUAAUGAUUGCCUGCUCUGCUGUUGGUUAUGCGAGAGGAAACCCAGCCAAACUUGUCUUCCCAACUGAUUCUGCUGGCAGUAUCUGUGGCUAUGAUCAGAGUGUGCAGUCUAAGCCAAACCUCAUGUAUUUUGACUUGCUGCAAUGUUCAAAAGUCCAGUCCAUAUUUCUCGGCUGCCCAACACCACAGGUGUGUGUGGAGAAAUGUACUUCCGACUACUAUGUGUACCUGGAGUCUGUAGCGAUCGAGACAGCUGGAGGAGGCCAGGAUAACACAGAACGGAAUAAACUUCUCUGUAAAUACGAUGUGGAUCCCACAGCAGGCACCAAAUCUAUCCAGCAGUUGAUAUCCGAUGAGGACUGUGCAGCAUACUACCUCCCCAACACUGCAAUUGUUGGUCGUUGUGUUCCAUCUAUUUUCCUAUCUGUUUUCGACAAGUCAAAGGAGCUUGUGACCUCCGGAAACUACAACAUUACAACGGCUGGAGGCACAGCUGUCACCGGGAGUCUCGUAGAAAGUGCCAGCGAGUAUCUAGCCACCUUUUUGUCUGCUACUCAAGUGGUGGAACUAGUAUUCAAAGACAUAGUUUCGGCCUGGUACCUGAUGCUUGUCUUCAUGGGGAUAGCCAUGGUGUUCUGUUUUAUCUGGAUUGUCCUUCUCCGCUGGUUUGCUGGCAUCCUCGUCUGGGUCAGCAUCAUUGUUGUCCUGGCUCUCCUGGGGUUUGGAUGUUACUACAGUUAUUCCCAGUACUAUGAUCUGAAGAAUCAGAAUGUCACAGCAGAAUUUGGUGUGUCCGAACUCUUCACCCUCAACUUUAGUUACUAUCUAGGACUGAAGGAAACCUGGUUAGCAUUUGGGUGUACAACGGCAACAUUUCUCCUCAUCUUCCUCCUUGUUCUCAUCUUUUUGGUGUCCAGAAUUUGUAUUGCCAUUGAGCUGAUCAAAGAGGGUAGUAGGGCAAUAAGUAACAUGAUCUUCACCCUCUUCUGGCCCAUCAUUCCAUUCAUCAUGCAGCUGGUUGUCGUUGGUUACAUGGGUGCUAGUGCUAUUUACAUAGCAUCUAUAGGAGGACCUGAAUAUUACUCCAAUGGUACUGAUGUCGCAAACAGCAUCAACUCUGUCUUGGACCGAGUACCCUGUACUCCGGAUAAUUCUACGGUUGGGUCAUUCUGUGACUUUGUCAGGUAUGGAGGGACAGACUACAUCAUCGCAAUGGAGGUUUUCAUGCUGUUCAUGUUUUUCUGGCUGAUGAACUUUGUUGUUGCCCUUGGACAAAUGACCUUGGCUGGAGCAUUUGCCUCUUACUAUUGGGCAUUUGAAAAGCCUAAGGACAUCCCAGCAUUCCCUCUGAUGUCGGGACUGUUCAGAUCUAUCAGGUAUCAUCUUGGGACGCUGGCGUUUGGGUCUCUCAUCAUAGCUAUCAUACAGAUGAUCCGCGUGGCCCUCGAGUAUCUGGACAGUAAACUAAAGGGAGCAGAAAACAAAGUGGCAAAGUUUAUGGUCAAAUGUUUGAAAUGCUUCUUUGCUUGUUUAGAAAAAUUGGUCAAAUUCCUGAACAGAAAUGCAUAUAUUAUGACUGCAGUUUAUGGAAAAAAUUUCUGCACAGCUGCUAAAGAUGCAUUCUUCUUAAUCAUGAGAAAUGUUGUAAGAGCGGUGGUGUUGGACAAGGUCACAGACUACGUCCUUUUCCUCAGUAAACUGAUGGUGACAGCAGGAGUGGGUGUGGGAGCCUAUUUCUGGUUCCAGGGAAAAGUGACCCUCUUUACUGAGUUUAUCCCUCUUCUCAACUACUACCUCACCCCUGUUAUAGUUGUGAUCCUCGGCACCUAUUUGAUCACCUGCUGUUUCUUCAGUGUCUAUACCAUGGCUGUUGACACAUUGUUCCUGUGUUUCUUGGAAGACCUAGAAAUGCAUGAUGGGAGUCCUGAGAAACCCUAUUACAUGAGUAAGGGAUUGAUGAAGAUUUUAGGCAAGAAAAACAAGAAGGAGAAAAAAGUUGAAAAAGAUGAAACUAAAGAGGAAGAAUAACUAAGUCCCAUGAUGUGUUAACUUAGUACUGAACUGAUCCAUUUGAAGUAUUUUAAUGAUAAAAUCCUCAUAAUCAACUAAUCAAAAUGAAUGUCGUCUUAUCAGUACUUAUCAUUAAUUAGCAGUCAGCAGUAUAGUUUUUGUGAUGUAGUAAAACAGUGUUCAGUCAAUUUCCAUGGACAUUUUUUUUUAAAUAAUUUUUUGAAUUAUUUGUCAUUGCAUGCUGGCACAAUGGUACUAGGUAUUAUCUAGAAAAUUAGAACAUUUUAACACACAUUUCACUUUACAUUCAUUUAUCUGUGACUGUUGAAAAGCAUUGAAGUUUGUUCUGUUUAAACAUUGUUUACCUUAGGCUUAUUUUCAACAGAGUCCCGGAGUGAUUAUGUAGGGCCAGUAGCAUUGUCGGUAAAUUUUAGGUGCUAUCAAGUUUGUUCAAACAAAUGACCUUGACCGGCCCUAUAUCAUUGGUCACAACGAUUUUAAAAAAAAUUGUGAAGACAUUCAUGGUGAUGAUAUUUGGUCAGUAAAAGAGUGAAAAUGUAUGUUAUUUAGGAUAAAGAUGAAUAUGGCAAAGACCAUGCAUUUUCAGAAGUUACAGAAACAAAAUAAGAUAACAAACUGUUCAUAGGAGUAGAAUUAGGAAUAAAAUCUAUUAAUGAAUUACCCAUCCAUGUGAUUGAUUUUGACACUCAUUUCACAGUUUACAGAAUAUGUAAAUAAGAAUAACAGAUGAGUGAUACAGGCCCAUUGGAGCUCUUGUUUAUGCAACUUUUGUGUCAUUAAAAAAAGCAAAUCAUCAUGAUUUAACCUUGAAAAUUAUAUUUACUAUUAUAAGAUUGAUGAUUACACCUGAGUUAGAUGCUACAUAUUGGUGUGAUGAUGUGUUUUAUAUAAAAAUUGUGACUUACACAAGAUGAAGGGAAUCAUUAGAGAUACAACAAGGACAUUGUUAGAUUAUUUUUUUCCUUAUUAUUACAGUUUAUUAAAUGAUCACUUCUAUAUCUAUUGAGCAUGUUUCCCUCUUCCAAGACACACAACAUGUACCAAUAAAGUUACUAUGGUCGCUACAUAGUUAUCUGACAUGGUCUAUAAAACAUUUACAUAGGAGCUAGAGACUAGGAGUGUGUUGUGAAAUAUUCUUAACUUCAUUCAAAUCUCAAAAGGAUGUUUAUAAAAUUAUGGACAGCAUUUUUGUAUGAUGAUAACAUUAAACCAUAUACUGUAUUUCCUCAGAGAUACAUAUCAAAACAGGUACAUACCUUGUUACCGUAAAAAACUUCAAUACUUCGUUCAUCAUUUUGUUGAUGUAGGAACAGAUUAGGACUACAGUAAGUAUAUUAAUCAACAUAGUAUUGUUUGAGGAUACAAAUUUACUUGUCAAAGUCUGGAUAAUUAAUGUUAAUUCUUUUAAGUUACAGAUAUCCAUAUGGUUAUAUUUAUUUAGAGGCGGUGAAAAUUACAAGCAUGAGUUUUUGUAUGGAUGGAUCUAAAAUCUCUUCCUCCCUAGGUCCAUGUGUUACUACUGUUUUAUAUGUUUGUCUCUGCUGGAUGAUGGUAUGUUUUUGUUUUUUUUUAAUGUAUUUAUUCAAGUGCCAUCAAUAUUUUUCUAUUUGCUCAAUAAGUAUCAUAAUCAAGAAAAUUAAAAAUUUGAUUAGUUGUUGAUUGUGUAUUUAGAUGAUAGGACCAUGCUAUGUCUAUUAUAUAUCAAAGUGGCUGAAAUAAUCUUGUCAAAUUCCUGUAAAUAUUAAUACAGCUGCAUAAAUUACGUUUAUUAUAUACAAUCUGUUUACAUGGCAAGUACUGCAGUAAUUUGAGAAAAUAUUUUUAUCUAUAAGAAAAUCUUGUCAUUUGAUUGAAUGAUGUGUAUAUACAUUAUGUAUUAUAUAAUUUUCAUUAUUGUGAUGUUUAUAUAAAACUCAAGUUCAUUUAUGUUGGUAAAUUUUUUGAUAUAUUUGAAUUAUUUGAUUGGGUUUGUUGAGGGUGGGGGCUCAAUCCAUUAAACAAAAAAAAAACAAAAAAUACUCCAGUCUCUAUCUACAAACUUGAUAAUUAGUCCCAAAAAAUCCAUUAGGUUUUUUUCUAGUAUUAAUUACAUUUUACAUUUUAUAAGAAUUCCAUACAUUAUCAGAGGACGUAUUAAAAGUAUUACAUAUGUGAUUUGUCUGUCAUUUUUAUGUAGUAGUAGCAGUACAUAUGAACUCUCUAGAUUUUGAGCUUCAAUUUCCUUCCCGUUGUUACAUUUGUAAUUACUGAAUUGUAUUAAAUUUUAUGGUCAUUGUUUCAAACAUUUUGUUGACUAAAACACAAUAAGGAAAUAAUUCUGUAAUAUUUUUAGGGGUUACUAAAUAUAACUACUGUAACAUUGUUUGAUUGUCUCAUAUCUAACACUAUACACAUAUGUACUGUACAUUAUUUAUCAGUGUUUUUGAUAACAUUUUAUAUGGUGCAUUGUUUUGAAUAUGCUACACAAAUAUUGUUUAUAAACCUUUAACAUAAAUAUCUGUGAUUGUAAUUGUCCUAUAUUGUUAAAAACCACAAAUGUGUUUCAUAUUGAUCAGUUUUCCUAGACACAGCUGUACGCAGGUGGGCUCCAAUUAUUGUAAAUCACUAACAAACUAAGUAAAUGACUGUAUUACAACCUGUUCAUACAUGUUUAUAUAAGUCAGUCCAGGUUACAGUUGUAUGCAUUUCCUGUAAGCAUUUUACUUGGAUGUACAUUAUCAUUGGCGUUAUAUUUUACCUGGAUGACAUCAUCAUAGGCAUGAUAUUUUACCUGGAUGACAUCAUCAUAGGCGUUAUAUUUUACCUGGAUGACAUCAUAGGCGCUAUAUUUUACUUGGAUGACAUCAUCAAAGGCAUUAUAUUUUACCUUGAUGACAUCAUCAUAGGCAUUAUAUUUUACCUGGAUGACAUCAUCAUAGGCGUUAUAUUUUCACAGGUAUAUAGACCAGGGAUAUCAUUCCUUUGGUUCAAGGAGAAAGUUUAGUUCUGGGACAGGCUUUUGGUUACUGGAGUGUGUAGAUACUUCUGAAUGCUUCGUGUUUAUUUUCAUUUAAAGGACACCAAGUGAGACAUGAAGAACGGGGAGCCUAAGAAAACACAAAAAUAUCGACCCCUGAGAUUUCAUCUCACUGGUUGUCGUAUUUUGUAGCUGAGUGAUCCAUUCUGGAUACAAUUGUCUCAUUAUCACAUUCCACUAAAUACAUUCUUAAAAUAUUUUUGUACUUAUUUUGUAAACAAUAUUUGUCUACGACGACUGAUAGAAUGUACGUAGCCAGACUUUUCAAUAUAAAUGGGUGUUUAUCCAUUAUGUCGAGUGGGGACAAAGAUAUGACCUGAUGUUAGGCCAAGUUAUCCUUUAGGCUUGGAGUAAUACUGAUCCACCCUUAACUAUGUUAUAAAGAUAUCUUAUAUAAAGUUUUCAAGAUAUAUCUUUAUUGUCUAAUGUUACAUAGUAUACCUCAUAAAAGAAAAGAUAUUCGGUAUCCUCCUUAGUUUACUUACAAGAUAUAUCCUGUUUAUUGUAUAUCACAGACAUAUGAUAUAGAUUGGUUGAAUACCUGUCAGCAUUGUUCUGUGAAUAUAUAACAACUAGGCUUGCCAUAAGUGCAAUGCCUCUAUUGUACUCUAACUUGUACCAGUUUACUAUUUCAAGGGUGAUAAUCAUGGUGCUUUCUUCCUAAUGCUGCAACGAAGACAGAAUUAAAUGUUGAUUGAUGGUUGACUACCAUGAAGAUUAACAUAAUCCAGAUAUUUCUUGCCGAAUCUAGCAUCAUUUUUGUUAUUGAUGAGAUGCUGUGUUGUGAUUUAACUUUUUACCUGUAAAAUGUUUCACAUCGAAUCAAAACUUGAGAAUAAAUCAUAUCAAUGUGACAUCACAUCUUUAUAUCAGCUGUCUCAUCUUGUUGGUGUUUGAUGGCAAAGAUGGGUGGGAACUUCUAUUUUAAUGAAAAGAUUAUCUUAAUGUUCUGUAAUCCCAACUUGUACAUACUGGUGACAAAGGUUGGAGUAUAUCGUCCUGAUGAAAUUGCUGCCUGGUAGUUUUUCUACACAUUAUAAUAUACACGUUAAUGUUUCAUCUAACAAUGUGAUAUCUAGUUUAACAUUCUUAAAAUUUUGAUGCAUUUUCAUUGUAAGACUUUUCAUGUUUUUCUUAUCUUUGUUUCCUUUUAACUGAUACUCCUUUACAACAUGUAUUAUAAACGAGAUUAUGUCUUGGAUAUUAUAUAACUGUCUUAUAUUUUUGUUGAACAGUUAUAGACUCCGAGGAAUAUGAAACUGUAAUACAUAAUUAAUUUAUACACUGCUGAUUAAUGAAUCAGAGAAUCUCUUCCUGUAAACUAAUACUGUCCUGUGUAAGUUAAUCUAUACCCUGAUAAUUAAUGAAUCAGAUAAUCUCUUCCUGUAAACUAAUACUGUCCUGUGUAAGUUAAUCUAUACCCUGAUAAUUAAUGAAUCAGAUAAUCUCUUCCUGUAAACUAAUACUGUCCUGUGUAAGUUAAUCUAUACCCUGCUGAUUAAUGAAUCGGAGAAUCUCUUCCUGUAACUAAUACUGUCCUUUGUUACAGUUUACAUUACCAGGACUCGCUGUAUACUAAUGGCUUGUUAUACAUUGUUCUUUGUAAGUUUACAUAACUAGAACACAGGGUAUACGAACGGCUUGAUAUUAUACAUAAUAUUAUAAUAAGGUGUUUCAUAAAACCCAGGAGACAAUUGUACACUUUACAUAAUAAAAAUUAUUUAAUAUU